AUGGACAGCAGGCUCAGACCGCUCGGCAUGCCCGGGCACACCGCCAACCCACUCGGUGGCUUGCAGGUCCCCCCUUCCCUCCUGCGCCCGCCUCCCCUCUUCCUCCGGGCUUGUAACCCUGCAUUAGAGAGGGGUUACCCGCGCACCCCGAAGUGUGCCAGAUGCAGGAAUCACGGGGUAGUGUCCGCGCUCAAAGGUCACAAGCGCUUCUGCCGCUGGAGAGACUGCGUGUGCGCAAAGUGCACCCUGAUAGCGGAGAGGCAACGCGUGAUGGCCGCUCAGGUGGCGCUGAGGAGGCAGCAGGCGCAGGAGGAGAGCGAGGCCCGGGAGCUCCGGCUGUUGUACCCCGGCUCAGAGGCAGGGAUCCCUCAGGGGUCUACUGUAGGGCCCGUGGUGCCAGCAGCAACCAGCAACACUCCAACUUCUGCAAGUUUUGAUGUUUUUGGAGGGGAGAACAGAAAAGAUGAUGAAAAGCUGGGCAAGUACAACUUUUAUAACGGAUUCAUGGGUCGACCCCUCUAUGCCCCCCACACCGCACGUCUCACAACUCCAGACGACAAAAAGGAUCUGUCUCCAAACAGCGACAUCCCCAUGUCAUUAACUGAUAACAGCGCGAGUCCAUCCCCGGUGUUCGAUCAAUCACAGAGUCCACACAGGUCACCUUCCUCCUCGGAUCCGGAGUCAGGCAGUGAGUCGGAGAAACCCAGAGACUAUUCGAGCUUGGAACGGGAUCCCACUGACAUCAUGGCCAGGAUAUUCCCCAACCAGACGCGGGACACCCUGGAGUCUAUGGUGAGAACGUGCAAAGGGGACAUUGUCAGGUCCAUUGAACUGGUCCUGAGCUCCAAAGAACCCAAAACGGACUCUGAUGCCCCCAGAGCUUCUGCUGGGUUUCCUGGAGCGCUCGGUGCUCUUGGGAACAAGUCCGCUUUCUCUCCGCUCCACAUGCCACCAACGUCCGCAGGGGGAGACAGUCUGUACGGGCUCGGGCCUCGCCUGGGCGUCAGCCCCCUGCGGAUGACAUAUUCCUCCCCAAACGGUGCUAUGGCAGGUUUUAUGUCACCGUACAUGACAUCCGGACUGAUGCCAAUGUUUCCACUGCGUCCACCUUUGGACUACUCCUUCCCGGGCAUGAUCCGAGACCUUGCUUACCUUCAGAGCAAAGAGUCACUGUGCAGUUCAGGUCUUUACGCACGACUUAACACGGAAAAAUGA